AUCAACACAAGCAGACGCUGAAUGUGACAUGAAACAGAGUAGCGCGUUUUAUUUACUAAAUAAAUUCAUGUUGUUUUCUCGCAUUGAUAACGAGUAAACAGUACUCUGAUUAUCUGUAUAUAUCGCUAUCUAAACAUCUGAAUGUGAGUGAAAUGAUCAGACACAUUUGACGAGUGAUGGAUGAAAGCGGACAGAAGUCCCUGUGUGAUGAUCUGGUGAUCAUUGUGGAGAAUGAAGCGGAGAGUAAGCCGGUGCAGGACAGUGGUGUGAUGAUGAUGAUGAUGGGUCUGAUGGACGUGUGUCCCGUUUGUAAACUGAGUUUCACCAGCAGAGAACCCAAACUGCUGCCCUGCCUUCAUUCAUUCUGCAAGAGAUGUUUACCUUCUGCCUCCACAGCCAGCCCGGCGCAACAAUUGAACACGAUCCGCUGUCCGGUGUGUCAACAGGAGUGUAUGGAUGUUGAAGUCUUGGAUAACUUCUUUGUCAAGGAUUCCAUGGAAGUGCCGAGUAGUACGAUGGAAAAGAGCUGUCAGCUGUGCGUGAGUUGCGAUGACAACACUGAGGCGAGCGGUUUCUGCGUGGAGUGUGUGGAGUUUCUGUGCGUCACCUGCAUCGAGGCGCAUCAGCGUGUGAAGUUCACCAGAGAUCACACACUCCGACAAAUGACGGAGCUGUCCUCAGAGGCGAUGGGGGCGUCCACACAGAAGCCUGUUUUCUGCGACAUUCACAAGCAGGAGCCGUUGAAGCUUUUCUGUGAAACCUGUGAUCGACUCACCUGCAGAGACUGUCAACUACUCAAACACAAGGACCACAAUUACCAAUUUAUAGAGGAUGCAUAUAAGAACCACAAGGAACACCUGGAAAACAUGACCUGUCAGCUUCAGGAAAAGAAGAAAUUAAUAGAGGACGUAUCUAACGCCAUCAACAAUGGUCUUCAGCAAGUGGAUGAAAAUCGCAAGACUGUGGCGAACGAGAUAAAAAAAUCCAUCUGCAAUCUCAUAAUGGAGAUCAACAGGAAAGGAAAGAUUUUAGUCAAUCAACUCGAGGCGAUCACAAAAGACCAUGAAACUCUACUGAAAAGGCAGCGACAGGAUGUGACCUCACUCUCCACACAUCUCGAUCACGUGAUCAACUUCACUAAGUGGGCAACAGCCAGUAACAGUGGAACUGCCCUCCUCUACUGCAAACGCUUGAUCACGUGUCAAAUCCAGUACCUCAUGAGAGCGAAGUGCAACAUCUCGUAUGUUCCUCAGAGUUCAGUUCGAUUCCAGUGUCGAACAACCUUUUGGGCUUCAAAUGUUGAUCUUGGUUCUCUAAUUGUAGAGAAAAUUCCAUUCCGUCAUCUGAGUGGUCCACAGUCGUUGUCUUUCCAUCAAAUGAACACAGGGCCCAGACCGGAUGGUGUUCAGGGUGGGUUCCUGAGCAUGCAGCAGCAACAACAACAACAACAGCAACAGCAGCAGCAGCAGCAGAGACAGAGCACGCUUGUGCAGCUGCAGAUGCAGGUGGAGAAACUGAGCCAGCACACCAACCGACAUCAACCACCUAAUCAGUGGCCAUGGUGCCAUGGCAUACGCUUACCUGGACCGCCCCCUCAUAGACCCCUGCAGGGCGGGUCACCAUCUCAGUCUUUACCCAGCAUGCCUCAACACGGGCGGCGAUAUAAUGCGAGGAGCCCUCCACCUAUACUGCAGCCCUCGGCUCUGCCUCCACAGAAUCUGAGUGGACUCAUCAAUAAUCCCAUCUACCCUCCUAAACCAGUGGAGGUGCUGCCGAGAGGACGCUAUCCCCACAAUGCUGCUGUCUCUGGUGCAGGUUCACUUCCUUCUCCGCAUGCUCUCCAGCAGCAAAACUUUCAGGUGACAUCGUACCUGAACAGGAGAUGUGAACCCAGUGUGCUUUUGUCUGGUCAGAGGCAGAAUUAUCCCCCAGCUUCGCUCUCCACACCAUCAGAUCGAGCUGCACAAGGAAGACUGUUUUCUCAAAUGUCUGUCACCUCGUCGGAACCAAAGACCAAUUCUGGGCUCUGGAAGCGAGUAGAGGCCCCUCAGAGUGGUCCUUCAAACCCCUCUACUAAGAGAAGGCGCAGGACAUCCCCAGGCCCGGUUAUUGUCAUCAAAGAUGAACCAGAGGAUGAUGAUGAAGUUCAUUUUGUCAAGAGCAGUGCUAAAGCCAGUCUUCCAGACAGCACGGGUGUUCAGUCCCAGACGCCACAGCAGGGUGAGCAGCCAUCAGAGACAACCCCAGAAAUAGAUGAAGACCCCAAUGAGGACUGGUGUGCAGUGUGCCAGAACGGAGGAGAACUGCUCUGCUGUGAUAAAUGCCCCAAAGUCUUCCAUCUUAGCUGCCAUAUCCCAACUCUUACUGCAUCACCAAGUGGUGAGUGGUUUUGUACAUUCUGUCGUGACCUUACCACACCUGAAAUGGAGUAUAACAAUGGUUGCAAAGAAUCAGACAAUGUGAAGAAGGAUCCGGAUUCUGAAGUAUUUACUCCUGUGGAUAGACGAAAAUGUGAGCGGCUGCUGCUUCGUCUUUACUGCAAUGAGCUCAGCACAGAUUUCCAGGAACCUGUAACACCAUCAUCGAUGCCAGAGUACAGUGAGAUAAUAAAGACACCAAUGGACCUCUCUGUUAUCAGAAGCAAACUGGAGAACACUGGAUAUAAGACCCCAGAGGAUUUUGUUGUGGAUGUCAGGUUGAUUUUCAAAAACUGUGCAACUUUCCAUAAGGAGGAUACUGAGAUGGCUAGUGUUGGAACUAAUCUGGAGAAUUUCUUUGAGGAGCAGUUGAAACUCUUGUAUCCAGAACGAACGUUUGCUGGCAUAAAGGAGGAAGAUGUUGCUUCUGUGGCUCCUGAGAAAACUUCAAGUCCUUCAUCAGAGACUGCUCAAGAUACUUUGCAAGAAGAGGUAAUUGUGGGACCCUCCAGUGAAGAAGUCCCUCAGGGAGAAUCUCAUCCUACAGAUAUGGAAGAGGGGCCAGAGAAGUUGAACACCCCUGUGGACUCUUGUCCUGUAAACACAGGCACAGACACAGACAGUAAAGCAGCUCAGGAUCUGGAGGGUAAUCAGACUUCCUCAAAGAAUCUUCCUUCAUGACUGGAUGGUGACAUAAACACUGUCGCAAGAGCGUGAAAUCUCAUGGAUCAUUGGCAAUAAUUUUAUUGUAUAUGUUAAUUGUUUUAAGCAUUUGGAAUAUAGGCAAUGCAACCACUACAAAUGUUAUAUAACAAUGUGAUGUGUACUAUAGGCACAAUCAAAUAAUAAUAAUAAUAAUUUGAGAUUUCCAUUUAAUUGAUAAUGCAAUUACCCAUACAACAAACUAAAGAUCUGACAAACAUGCUAUUAUUAUGCCACUCAUUAUUUUCACAUGUAAAUGAGCUUUGCAGUUUGCUGCAAAUUAUUGGUAAAAGUUAGCAGCUCUUCACCGGUAGUGCUGAAUCUGCUGCAAAUUGGCGGCAUGGGUACACAGGAGUAGAACAGAAACUGAACAUAAGUCAUGUAAUUCAAGUAAUCGUUCUUUCGAAUUUUCAAAUCGAACUUUCUCUUAUGAAAAUCAGAACAUUCUCCAUUGUUGCCAAAGGUUUGCCGGAGGUUCACCACUACCGCUGAGGAGCUGCAAACUUCUGGCAAACAUUUGCAACAAAUCAAAAACUCUUUUGCUCAUUUAGAUUUGUUUAAAUGGAUGUGCCGUUAUUUUUUUAUUUAUUUUUUGUGGAACAGAAAAUUAGAAAUUUAAGCCGAAUCUUCACAGACCUCUUUUCCAUACAACAACAUUUCAUAGUAAUCAUCUGUCAAGGUCUAAAAUGGAAAAAAACUGCCAUAAAAGUUGUCCAUAUAAUUUGUUAACUUUGUGUGAGGAAUAGUCCCAGUUUUUUUUACUGAUAAUCUUACCCCUGUUGAAGCUUGCAUCCAGUGCGGUAUCAAAAGGUGCAUUUCCACCAUCAGGCCGAAUGGUUCGGAGCAUGGUGAGGAACGGUUCCAGUAGCAUUUCCACUUUCUCUGCCUGGAUUUCUGAGCACGGUUGGCUAACCAUGCUCAACAGUGCUGGUGGAAUGCCUUUAGUAGGUGGCACCUCACAGUUGUCAAUAUGCCAAUACCAAGGUAACUCAUUUGUUUCUAGGUAGCUGGCAAAGUUUUCUGUGGUGAGGCUGAUUUAAUAAAUGUCUUUUAAAAAUAGUGUAUGUUUGGUGUAUCUUCAUGAUUUUCUAAGACAUUACAGAAUCAUUUUCUGCAAAGCUGCUUUAAAACGUGUUUUGU